UGAGAUCGAGAAUGGCGUGUGUUCUCAAGCCAAGACUACUUAUCUCCGGCUCCUUGUCCUAUCGAAGGGCAGAUGCAGCCAAUGGUUUCAGUGCGAUUAGGAAGUCUUUGAUGACCAAAAGAAGCAUGAGCUACAGAAGUUUCUACUCAUCAAGGCUGACAGCCCCUCCUCUAGUUUUUACUGCACUCGCUUUGCCUUUUCUUAAUAAAGUUAAAGGACAGAGGAUAAGAAGCGCUUCAUCAUUGCCCACACACCCUGCCCUCCCAUCAAUAGUCCCCUUCGAGCUGAGCCGAAUUAUGAUGCCUGAUGACACUAACGUCAGUGGUAAUGUUCAUGGAGGCACCAUCCUGAAGCUGAUCGAGCAAGCUGGAUUUAUUGUCUCCACUCGACAUUGUAACCGUGUGGAAGAUGGUGAGAAGAAGGGAGAGCAAUUGAUAACUGCUUUAGUCCGUCUAGAACGAAUGGAUUUUCACAAGCCGAUGUUUGUUGGAGAAGUGGCACAGUUACAGGCAGCUGUGACUUACACUUCAUCUCAAUCGAUAGAGGUCACUGUAGACGUAUGGGCUGACAAUAUAGUCACUGGAGAGAGGAGGCUAACAAACACUGCUCACCUCUGGUACGUUGCUGUGCCGGCCAACAUUUUUGAUCAAGGAUUCAAAGGAGCUGAACAAGACUUGAGUGCAAACAUUCGACCUGUCCCACAGCUCAAAGGACUGACCAAAGAGCAGAUGGAAGAAGGAGCGAAAAGAUACGAGCUGCAAAAAUCUAUUCGACUAAAUCAAUCCAAUGGUCAGGGAUCUUGUCAGUACCAAGAUUUUGUCCAGGGUCCAAGAGAUACAGAACCUCACACUAUACUGAGCUCACAGACAACUCUGGCCAACCUAGUUCAGCCCUCCGAUUGCACAGCAUCUGGUCACCUGACUGGAGGCUCUCUCAUGAAGAUGAUGGAUAAUGCAGCGGGCAUUUGUGCGGCUAGGCACUGUAUGGGGAGAGUGGUGACUGCUUGUAUUGAUGAGAUCGACUUCCAUGCUCCCAUCACUAAUGGACAGAUGGUGUUUGUGACAGCCAGACUAGUGUACACCAGCAACAAGUCCAUGGAGGUUGAGGUGACUACAGAGUCUGAGGGAUUGACCAACAAGAGACGGGUGACCAACACUGCCUACUUCACGUUUGUCUCUCUGGGCGAAGACCUCGGUGCUCGGCCAGUGCCCCCCUUGGUGCUCAAGACUGAGGAAGAGAAGACUCGAUUCCAAGAAGGAAAGAAACGAUACGAUGCCAGGAAGAAACUUAGAAUAGAAAAACUUCAGAAACUGACUGAUCAGAACCAAGCCUAACAAAUCUCAGUUUAUCAGAAGCACCUGGUUUUAUAUUCAAGUGUAUCAUCAUUGGAAUUUAUGAUCUUAUUAUAAUUA